AUGGAGGAGGACGACGAGAUGCAUUCACCGGCGUCGGCGGGGAGCGGAUCUCCGACGUCGCCGACGACGAACGGCCGGAUAACGGUGACGGUGGCGGUACCGUCUCAGAUACCGGCGUCGGCGCAACACUCGCCGCCGAGGAACAACCAGCUGACCCUGGCGCUGCCGUCGCAGGGGGUUCGGAGCAGCGGCGGCGGGAGAGAGGACUGCUGGAGCGAGAGCGCGACGGCGGUGCUGAUAGAGGCGUGGGGGGAGAGGUACUUGGAGCUGAGCAGAGGGAACCUGAAGCAGAAGCACUGGAAGGAGGUGGCGGACAUUGUGAGCAGCAGAGAGGACUACGGCAAAACCCCAAAGACUGAUAUCCAGUGCAAGAAUAGAAUCGACACCGUCAAGAAGAAGUACAAGCUUGAGAAGUCCAAGAUGCUCGCCGGAGCCGGCCCCAGCAAGUGGCCCUUUUUCGCCAAGCUUGAUCAUUUGAUUGGCGCCACCGGGAAGGGGACUCCUGGCUCCGGCGGCGGUCCGGUGCCGCCGGGGUUCAUGUCCAAGAACCACAAGAUUCCGAUGGGAAUGCCGGUCGGGGUCCGCGGCGGAGGAGGAGGAGUUGGGCAGUUUGUGCCCAAGCACCUGCAGCAACUGCAGAAGGCUAAUGCCAAGAAGAGGGGUCCUCCUCCGGUGGAGUGGGACUCGGAUUCUUCGAGAGAGGUCUCUCCUGUGUCGGCUGAUAGCUUUCCGCCGCCGCCUGUUUUUGAGACGAAGAGGCCGAGGACGGCGGGGCGGGGGGCGAAUGCUGGUUUGGGGAGGGGAGGGGCAGGAAGAGGAGGGGUUGGGAAAGAGAUUAGAGGAAGAGAGGGGGGUGGAGAGAAGAAAAGUGGGUGGGGGGAUUCAAUGAGGGAGUUGACGCAGGCAAUGCUGAGGUUCGGGGAGGCUUAUGAGCAUGCCGAGACUGCGAAGCUGCAGCAGGUGGUGGAGAUGGAGAAGCAGAGGAUGAAGUUCGCUAAAGAGUUGGAGCUGCAGAGGAUGCAGUAUUUCAUGAAGACCCAGAUGGAAAUUUCGCAUGGUAGGAGGAAUGGGAAUGCUAGUAAUCAUCAUCGCAGCGUCAACAACAACAACACCAACAACAACAGUGAUAGCAACUAGGAAAGGGAAACAACCCCAAGUUGGCGAAUUUGUACUCCUAAAAGCGGUAGGUUUGAGUGUAUGAUCUGUUUUUCUCUUUUGUAUCACAUAUUUAAGUUUGUGAAAUGUUAGGGAGAGAGUAGUGUCAUCAGGGUAAAUGGUUGAUUAGGAUUUAGAGUUGAUUCUUAUUGGCAAGUGAAGUUGAGUCUUCUUGACAUACCUGUUGUGAAUGUUUAACAUUAUGAAAUGAAAAUGAGGAUCAGCUUUAGCAUU